CAUCUUGCUUUGCAUACGUGGUGCUUUGUGCACUCCUUACCUGAGGCUCGGCCAUGCCCUGGAACACCUAUAGCCUCCCAUCCCCGCUGCCUGGCCCUGAGCAAAGUUCGACUCGUCUCCCCCUCCCCCCUCAGGCUUCCGCCCCAUUGUCUACUCAUAAAUCUACUACUCCGCUGCUUUAUGGCCGGGCGUGAGCACAUCACAGGAGUCUUAUCAGAUCCUGGGCAAUGACCCUCUUCACUGCCCCAUGCUGGCUCUUCUGUGCUCCACCCAUUGUAGAUAUCCUGAGGAGCUUCAUGUCCGCAGGGAUCAUCCAGCACGAAGGCUCCAUUGUUCAAGACAUAACAGUUGGUACUAAGCGGGGAUCUGACGAACUUUUCUCUUGUGUUACUAACGGACCUUAUAUCAUGAGCAGCUCUGCUUCUGCAGCAAAUGGAAAUGACAGCAAGAAGUUUAAAGGAGACAAUAGAUCUGUAGGAGUUGGUUCUAAAGUGAUCCAUGUCAGAAAGCUUCCAGGGGAUGUUACAGAGGCUGAAGUCAUAGCUCUUGGCCUUCCAUUUGGGAAAGUGACGAAUCUCUUGAUGCUGAAAGGCAAAAAUCAGGCUUUUAUCGAGAUGAACACUGAAGAAGCUGCUAAUACAAUGGUAAAUUAUUUUGCCACAGUCACACCAGUGCUCAGGAGUCAACCCAUCUACAUUCAGUUCUCCAACCACAAAGAACUGAAGACUGACAACUCUCCUAACCAAGCAAGGGCACAGGCCGCACUGCAGGCUGUGAAUUCUGUCCAACCUACUGGUGUUGCAUUGUCGACAGCUACAACAAUGGAUGCUGGCAUGGCAAUGUCAGGACAGAGCCCAGUCCUCAGGAUAAUUGUGGAAAAUCUCUUUUAUCCAGUUACUCUUGAUGUCUUGCAUCAGAUAUUUUCAAAGUUUGGAACUGUACUUAAGAUAAUAACAUUCACAAAGAACAAUCAGUUUCAGGCACUCUUGCAGUAUUCUGAUCCUCUGAGUGCCCAGCAUGCCAAACUGGCCCUGGACGGCCAGAACAUCUAUAAUGCUUGCUGUACACUUAGAAUUGACUUUUCAAAACUCACCAGCCUUAAUGUAAAAUACAACAAUGACAAAAGCAGAGAUUACACACGCCCUGACUUGCCAUCUGGUGAUGGACAGCCUACAUUGGAUCAAACCAUUGCUGCGUUUGGAGCCCCUGGACUGAUAUCUGCCAACCCAUAUGCUAGUGCAGGUUUUCCACCAGCCUUUGCUAUUCAACAAGGUGUCCAUGGAACACUUACACCCCUAACACUCCCAUCAGCAGCGGCGGCAGCCGCUGCUGCUAGCAGACUUGGCAUACAUGGCCUGGGAAUUCCUGGAAACUCUGUUCUGCUCGUCAGCAACCUUAGUCCAGAGAGAGUUACACCCCAAUGCCUAUUUAUUCUUUUCGGUGUAUAUGGUGAUGUACACAGAGUGAAAAUUCUCUUCAACAAGAAGGAAAAUGCACUUAUUCAAAUGGCUGAUGGAAACCAAGCUCAACUAGCCAUGAGUCACUUAAAUGGACAAAGACUGCAUGGAAAGCCUCUUCGUAUUACAUUAUCAAAACACCAGACUGUGCAGUUACCCAAAGAGGGCCAGGAAGACCAAGGCUUAACAAAAGACUUUACCAAUUCUCCACUCCAUCGUUUUAAGAAGCCAGGUUCCAAGAACUUCCAAAACAUUUUCCCUCCUUCAGCCACACUCCACCUUUCAAACAUACCGCCUUCUGUAAGUGAAGAGGAGUUAAAGCUUCUGUUCUCACAAGAGGGGUGCACAGUAAAAGGAUUCAAAUUCUUCCAGAAAGACCGCAAGAUGGCUCUCAUCCAGAUGGGAUCAGUUGACGAAGCAAUAGAGUCACUCAUAGAACUUCACAAUCAUGAUAUCGGGGAGAACCAUCACCUGCGAGUUUCCUUUUCAAAGUCCACUAUUUAAGUUGUGGAUGAAAGACUUUUCAGCCCUUUAGAGGGUGACCUAAUGUCUCAAAGGGCUCACUUCCAUCAUUCCAGAUAAAAGCCACUUUACAGGAUAGAAUGCAGCACUCAAGUGUCCUUGCAUUCCAGGUUUUAUUCCCCCUCCCCCUUUUUUUUUAAGCUUCCCUCCCCCCAAAAGACUGCAAUGAUAGUUGGGAUUAUAUGGUAGGAAUUGACUGGAGGUUUCCCCAUAGUUUUAUGAACUCCAUACUUAGAACGCAACUUGUGUGGCAGUUUCAUGCUUAAGGACCAAAUGAGGUUUCAGAGGCCAGCUACGAAUCCAGUUGUCACUAGACUUGUCACAAGGUGCACCAGGCUUUGCACCUUUGUUUUGAAAGGACCAUUUUGAAUGCAUAUCUGCCUAUCACAUUUUUUACUUUUAUUUUAUUUUUUUCAAAGACCAUAGCUAAUGGCAGUGGAUGUUUUUCCUAGUCACAUGCAUGCUGGCUUUCUAUGUGCCUAUACUUUAAUGUGGAAUUGUGUUGAAUGGCAUAAAUUUGUAUUUUACAGGGUGACAAGCAUUCUAAUCAUUCCUGUACAAUGUCAUACCAAAUAUUGUUUUGAAAGGACCCUUACACAUGGUACAUUCACAGUAUUUGUCUGUGUUCAGAAAGCCCUGACUACUGGCAUUGUUGAGUGAAACAGUGCCUUACCCCCACACCCCAGUGUCAUUGUCUACACUCUUAAAUUAAUGCUCUUUAAGUGUAUGUCCAUUCCCAAUGCUGUUAAACAAACAUACAUGUAUUUGUAUGUAUCAAAGUGAGGACCAAAUCUUCUCUACCUUCAGUGAAAUCUGUUAUAAAGGUUGGAUCCAAAUGCCUUAUCUUUAUUAAAGGGAUAUUGCUAGUU